GGUCUGCUCUGAGCUCAGGUGGUACCUCGUGCGGCCUCUUCUGGCGUCUUUUGCAGCGGCGUUCGCGGCAGGAGCGAUGCUUUGUUGGAGUCGCUUAACCUUCGUCUUAAUGAGCGUGACCGUCACCUGCUCGGUGGCGCAGCACGUGCCACCGUGGACAGAAGACUGCAGAAAGUCAACCUAUCCUCCCUCUGGACCAACCUAUAGGGGUCCGGUUCCGUGGUACACUAUAAAUCUCGAUUUACCACCGUACAAAAGAUGGCAUGAAUUGAUGGUUGACAAGGCACCAGCGCUAAAAGUUAUAGUGAAUUCCCUGAAAAAUAUGAUAAAUGCAUUUGAGCCAAGUGGAAAAAUUGUGCAGUUAGUGGAUCAAAAGUUGCCUGGUCUACUUGGCAACUUUCCUGAGCCUUUCGAGGAGGAAAUGAAGGGGAUUGCAGCAGUUACUGAAAUACCUUUAGGAGAGAUUAUUUCAUUCAAUAUUUUCUAUGAAUUUUUUACCAUUUGUACUUCAAUAAUAACAGAAGACAAAGAAGGUCAUCUACUACAUGCGCGAAACAUGGAUUUUGGAGUAUUUCUUGGGUGGAAUGUAAAUAAUAAUACCUGGGUCGUAACUGAGGAACUAAAACCUUUAACAGUGAAUUUGGACUUCCAAAGAAACAAUAAAACUGUCUUCAAGGCGGCAGGCUUUGCUGGCUAUGUGGGCAUGUUAACAGGAUUCAAACCAGGACUACUUAGUCUUACACUCAAUGAACGUUUCAGUACAAAUGGCGGUUUUAUGGGUGUCAUAGAAUGGAUUUUGGGAAAGAAAGAUGCCAAGUGGAUAGGGUUUAUCAUUAGAUCAGUUCUGGAAAAUAGCACAAGUUAUGAAGAAGCCAAGACUACAUUGACCAAAACCAAAGUAUUGGCCCCAGCAUACUUUAUCCUGGGAGGCAACAAGUCUGGGGAGGGUUGUGUGAUUACACGAGACAGAGAACAGUCUUUGGAUAUAUAUGAACUCGACCCCAAGCAAGGUAUAUGGUAUGUGGUACAAACAAAUUAUGAUCGUUGGAAAAAUCCCUUCUUCCUUGAUAAUCGCAGAACACCUGCAAAGAUGUGUCUAAACCAGACAACCCAAGAGAAUAUCUCAUUUGCAACCAUGUACGAUGUCCUGUCAACAAAACCUGUCCUCAACAAGCUGACGGUAUACACAGCCUUGAUAGACGUUACCAAAGGUCAAUUUGAAACAUACCUGCGGGACUGCCCAGACCCCUGUAUAGGUUGGUGAGCACACACCUGGCCUAUAGGAUGCGCCCGGUAUGACAUCAAGAUGGGAGCUCACAUGGGACUGAGUACAGCCAUCUGAUCUCCUUCCAAAGACUGAGACUGAGGGCGGGUUCUCUUUGAGGUGUGAGCUUGUCCUGCUUGGUAUGUUUACAAUUCACAGGCUGUUUUUGCCAUCAUGGUUGAUUUUUCUUAUGUACAAGUAACUCCUUUUAGUGAAGUACAGCAAUCAUCCAGAAUUUACUGUGGUUCCUUUCAGUCUGAUUCAUUUGGGGAUGGGGAUGGGUAAUUAAAACUAUUGCAGGACCCACACCCAUGGAAUAAAGCAAGAUUUCUCUGUGAGCACAGAAUCCUGUACAUCUGUGUAAUAGUUAAAUAGUCCACAUUAUUCAGUUUUUCACUUUUAUCUACAUAUUUGUAUGUUUUUGUCUUUUCUUCCUGGCUCUUACUAUUAAAAUUAAUAUACCAUUGU